AGGAGAAGAAAGAAGAAGAAAAGGUUUCGGAAUGCAGGAUAUACCUCCUGAGGAGCUUCAAACUCCGACGGAAACCUUGGAGCUGCCGGUUGUGGGAAAGGGUCCCAUGCCGUCUGCCCAGAAUGAUGAUUCACAAGAUGACAACGAUGGAGAUGAUGUGUGGGGUGAAGAUGGUUCCUUUUAUAAUGUUUCCGAUGAUGGCUCUGGUAAAACAUCUGAUUUGGACAGGGAGUGGGAGAGGAGGCACAAUCAAUUCCACACAAUUGGUUAUCGAGAUGGCCUCACGGCAGGUAAAGAAGCUUCUGCACAAGAGGGUUUCGUUGUCGGCUUUAAGCAGUCUGUGCUUAUCAGGUACAAAUGGGGCCAUGUUAGAGGUGUCUCCAGUGCACUAGCUCUCCUUCCAGAUCAUUUGAAAGAAAAGCUGGUAGGAGAGCUAGAAACGAGAGAGAGGCUCCAGAACUUGUACGAGUCCGUGCACUCCAUUUCGACGAAAGAUGCACUGCAGUUGUUUCAUGAUGAUAUCUUGGGUAGCGGAUUAGAGCGACCCCUUAAUCACUCAGAGGGAAAUGCUGAUACAGCGACAACGCUGGAUGAUAUUUCUGGAUGCAACCAGCUGGAAAGGUUUUCAAAGGAGCUAGAGUCUCUUCUUCGCGAGUGUCCUUCCAUUGAAGUGCAUGCGGCAGUGGACUGAAAGACGGUUGUAUGUCCUUUUUUCUUUCUAGUUGGAGAUUUUAGUGCUUGUAAAUGUGGUUUUAUGAUUAUUAUUUUCUGUAAUGUCAUCUAUUGUUAGGAUCCAUUCCUCCUAAAAUAUAUGCAGGUUGCCAUCUUA